AUGGGGGCCGAAGCACGAGUUUCCCGAAGCUUAAUCAACAGAAUCUACGCUCCAUUGGCUAAUGAAAUUCAUUUUGCAACGCCCUUAUCGUCAUUGCGAACAAAUGAACUUGAACUCGUGCGAGGUGUUUUACGAAUGCUGCAAGGGUUUUCCAGUACCCUAUUCUGUUGGGAUAGCAGUGGAUACAUUUUUCGUGCGAAGAACGGAGUAUACGUGAGUCAUUUGUCACAGAAAAGUCUCCACUCCCUUCUGAAUCAAUUCAUCCAUGCAGCGACGUGUCUCCAAUUGGUAGAGAUUACAGUCAAUAAAAUUGAAACUGCUGUCGCAAAACCUCCUCCAACUUUGAAGGCCUUUGCGUGCUCUGCUUCGGCGUGGCUUAAGCGGUUACGGAAUAUUGCCUUGAAGGAGGAAAUGUCCACGAGCAAUGCAGAUGGCAUGACCACUGCAACCUUGUUAGGAUUGUCAAAUUCUUUAUCAAGUCUUUGCUCAGGUGCUGAGUUGCUAUUGCGAGUAGUCCAUGAGGCCAUCCCUGCAGUGUAUUUUGAGUUUGGUGCAUCUGUACCAGCUGCAGAACUGGCUGUUCACGUGCUUGACUAUCUUCAUAAGAAGCUUGAUGAAAUGUGUCUUGUACAAGGUGGUGAGGAGGAAGCUUAUCAGAUGGUGCUUUAUAUGUAUGUUGGAAGCCUAUUGCCAUAUAUUGAGGGUCUUGAUUCUUGGCUUUUUGAAGGAAAUCUUGAUGAUCCUUCCGAUGAGAUGUUCUUUUUUGCUAAUAAAGAAGUCUCAGUUGAUGAGGCUGAGUUCUGGGAGAAGAGUUAUUUAUUAAGAAUGCUACAGCGUAAUAAGUUAGAUGCUGAGUUCUCUUCCGCAAAUUAUGUCGGUGAUCCUGUGCCAGCCUCAAAUGACAAGGAAAUUGGCAGGAGGGAUUCCAUCUCUUUGUCUAGUACAAUUAAAGGAAAAGAGAAGGGCAUUAGAGACCGUUCAGCUUGUCCAUUUUUUAUCAAGGAUUUAGCUAAGUCAAUAAUUUCCGCUGGAAAAUCUUUGCAGCUGAUGCGCCAUGUCCCUAAUUCCUUAGCAGUAUGUAGCAAAGGAAGUAAUUGUGAGAUUGGAAACACCAACCAUUUAAAUUAUGGUUUGUAUCCUUCUCAGAGAAUGGCUGGGCUAGCACUGUCGGAAGUUUUUUCCAUAUCCCUAGCUGGACUUAUUGGUCACGGUGACCAUGUUUGUAAGUACUUUUGGCAAGAUGACUGGUACGAAUCUGUAUCUGUUUCUUCCUUUGAAUCUUAUGUAAAGAAGGAAAAAACAGAGAAUGACAAUAAUGAAAAUUUAAUUGCACCGCCAUACUCUGAGAAGAUCUGGUAUAAAUUCUUGAUUGAUACAUUAUUUAAGAAAGGAUCAGCUGAUUUGAAGCUAAAAUAUGAAGACAUAAAUAAUUACACUAGAGACCUGAGAGUGACUAGAGUUGUUGAAGACGAACUGCUUCCCUUGAGAUCAUGCAUAGAGAAUCCAGUUAUUACUGUAUGUCAAACAACGCUUGGAAAGAAUGGGGAUGCCUUGAAAACAUUAAAUUUAUCUCAAAAAUUCUGCUUGCCUUCUUUGAACGAUGGGGGUUUAAGAAAGGCUAUAUUUGGUGGUGAAAGUGCAGCAUUUUCUGAUAGUGAAGGAACAAACUAUACUUUUGGUUUUCAGUUUGGUGAAUCUGAAUACCUUUGCUCACUGGAUGAGAGAAAGCUGUUAGAAAUGUUGUUUCCUUUUCCCACCGUUUUGCCUUUGUUUCAGGAUGAUCUUCCUGUGUCAGAGCUCUUGCCUUUCCAGAGAAACAGCACUCUUCCUUCAAGAGUUCUUCGCUGGAUGCAGAAUGUUCAUCUUAGAACUACUCCACUUCCUCUGGUUAUUAUGCAGUACUGUCUGACCGUCUACAUUCAGAAACAGGUGGAUUAUAUUGGAGUGAAUAUGUUGUUAAAGUUGAUGAACGAAUGGAGGUUGAUGGAUGAGCUUGCAGUGUUGCGUGCUAUAUACUUGCUAGGUUCAGGUGAUUUGCUACAACACUUUUUGACUGUGAUUUUCAAUAAAUUGGAUAAGGGUGAAACAUGGGAUGAUGAUUUUGAAUUAAACACAAUAUUACAGGAAUCAAUCAGAAACUCUGCUGAUUGUAUGCUGUUAAGUGCUCCAGAUUCGUUGGUAGUUUCAAUAACCAAAAAUCUUGUUGACAGUGAUGAGGAUGCUAGCACAACUGGUGUUGUUUUGAGUACCCCUCGUAAAAGUCAUGUCAAUAGCUUUGGAAUUAAUGGCCUUGAUAUGCUUAAAUUCACGUAUAAGGUCCCUUGGCCUCUUGAACUCAUUGCAAAUACAGAGGCAAUUAAGAAGUACAACCAGGUGAUGCGGUUCUUGUUGAAGGUCAAGCGUGCAAAAUUUGUAUUAGAUAAAGUGCGGAGAUGGAUGUGGAAGGGCAGGGGAUCUGCAACAAACAACAGAAAGCAUCAUUGGUUACUGGAGCAGAAACUCCUCCAUUUUGUGGAUGCUUUUCACCAAUAUGUGAUGGAUCGGGUAUACCACAGUGCAUGGCGUGAACUUUGUGAAGGUAUGACUGCUGCCAAAUCUCUGGAUGAAGUCAUUGAAGUUCAUGAGGCUUACAUGUUAUCAAUUCAGCGGCAGUGCUUUGUGGUUCCUGAUAAGCUGGGAGCGCUGAUUGCCAGCCGCAUUAACAGCAUCCUUGGCUUAGCUUUAGACUUUUAUACCAUACAGCAGACAUUAAGUAGCGGUGGAGCUGUUUCUGCAAUCAAGGCCAGGUGUGAGAUGGAAGUGGACCGGAUUGAGAAACAGUUUGAUGAUUGCAUUGCUUUCUUACUUCGGGUCUUAUCUUUCAAACUAAAUGUGGGGCACUUCCCUCAUUUGGCUGAUUUGGUCACCAGAAUUAACUACAACUAUUUCUACAUGUCUGCUAAUGGAAAUUUGAUGACUGCUUCCAGCUCUGGAAGUGUUACUUCAAGAAUUGGAAAGGUCUCUGGAUAGAAUUGCUUGAUCUAAGGCGGCUUGUCAUGACAUCUAUCCAAAUAUGAGAAUAGUUCUGCUCCUGCUUUUAUGUUGUACAGUAUGUUGAGAGAGUGUAUCCUCCAUUUGCUUGGUCUUUGAGCUCAGUGAAGGGUUUUUUUUUUUUCCCCUUAUAGGGCUGUUGUUACACGUGUUGCCUUUAAUUGUCAAGGGCCGCUUGUGUUGAAGGUUGCAUGAGUGCAUUGCGAGAUAUAAGUUGUACCGCGUAUUCUGUGUCAGCUACGUGGGAUCAACUCCUGCUAUUUCUUGUCUGACUGUGAAUGCCUGUGCUGGAGUUUUUUGUAUGUACUGCACAGUAUUAUCUGUAUGUAGUUGGGUUUCAUAAAUUAAUUUAAAGAUGUAAAUGUGCUGGCGUCAGAGCCCAAGUUUUGGAAAUAUGAUGACUUCAGUUUUUUCUCUAGUUAAGGAUGCUUUGAUUUGUUGUUUUCACAGCCAGCUAUGAAUGUUUUAGUGC